AGCACAGAGUGACGUUGGCGAUGUAAACAAACAGAGGCAGCGCGGCCAUUACGCUCAGAGAAGAGUUGGACUCGGAGUUGGCCGUUUGAUUCUUCCGUCGUCGAGGAAAUCCGCUUGUCAGGGUCGUACACCGGACCGCAGCGACCGAGGCCACCUGUCCCCGUCCGUCUGCGCGAGAGGAGUGAAAUGAAAGACCCGAGUCUCAGCAACGUCUCAGCCCCGAACAUGACGAUCAGCAACGAGGUGAUCCUGAGCAGCCAGUUCAGCUCCGACGACAACAACCCGUUCGCCGAGUACAUGUGGAUGGAGAACGAGGAGGAGUUCAACAGGCAGGUGGAGGAGGAGCUGUGGGAGGAGGAGUUCAUCGAGCGUUGUUUCCAGGAGAUGCUGGAGGAGGAGGAGCAGUGGGAGUGGUUCAUCCCGUCCAGAGACCUCCCCCCUCAGAGCGUCAGUCAGCUGCAGGAGCAGAUCAGUCUGCUGGUCCUGGACGAGGACGAGGACGCAGACCUCGACGUCGUGAUGAACAGCAGUCUCAACCCCAACGCCAAGGAAUUCACCCCAGGCAUCCAGAAACACAUCAUGUGACCCCGCUGGGCCCCGCCCCCCACUCGCACUGUGACAUCGCCAACAAGAUGUCAGCCGUAUUUUUCAGUCGCCACUCAACCUUCAGCCUGACGUGUUGCCAAAGUUCUGCGCUCGCCUCGCAUGUUUUCAAGUUCAGAGUCCAGUUACUGUUAGUUACUGCAAUCCUCCACCUGUGUGUGUGUGUGUGUGUGUGUGUGUGUGUGUGUGUGUGUGUGUGUGUGUGUGUGUGUGUGUGUGUGUGUGUGUGUGUGUGUGUGUGUGUGUGUGUGUGUGUGUGUGUGUGUGUGUGUGUGUGUGUGUGUGUGUGUGUGUGUGGUCAGUGAAUGUAGGUCAGCUGAGAGGAGUGUUGUUGUUGUUGUUUGUGUUGAUUCAGAACAAACCGGGUUGUGUUAGAAUCAGCUGAUGUCUCACUCUCACAUUCUUUUAUUUUGCACUUUGAUGAAACACAAACUGUUUUUAUUUCAGACGCUCUCAGCAUCUGCUCCAGUUGGAAAGCACUUCUCCGCUCACGCUCUGGUUUUAAUGUGUUAGUUUAGAUCUGAUUCUCUUUGGUUUUUAGUUUCUCUGCUUUUCUUGGUCUUUCCUGCAUCCUUUGUGUUUUUUCUGUCCCUGCUGGUCCUGCUGGUUCUUGCUGGUCCUGCUGGUCCUACUGGUUCCUGCUGGUCCCUGCUGGUCCUGCUGGUCCCUGCUGGUCCUGCUGGUCCUGCCGGUCCUACUGGUUCCUGCUGGUUCCUGCUGGUCCUGCUGGUUCCUGCUGGUUCCUGCUGGUUCUUGCUGGUCCUGCUGGUCCUACUGGUUCCUGCUGGUUCCUGCUGGUCCUGCUGGUUCCUGCUGGUUCCUGCUGGUCCUGCUGGUUCCUGCUGGUCCUGCUGACCCUCAGAGCAGCCGACUAUCUGUUGCCUCAUUAACUGAUGUUUGUGUUGUUUUUUCUAAAUGCACAGAAAGUACUGUAUAAAAAGUCGUAUAAAGAAAAAUGUUGUAAAAAAAAAAAAAAAUCUAUUUUUUCUUAAACUACUUGAGAAUAAAUGUUUAUGGAGAAAAACGUU